CGGGCGGAAUAGGUGCUGAUAAGUUUGAAAUAGCUUAGUCUUGGGUAAGUCGUGCGCGUGCGAGCAGACCCUGGCUGGCAUCUUUCAAUCUGUAUCAGGGAUGCUUUUAUCCUGGAAUCGGAUGUUUAAGAAUGGUUACAGUUGGAUAUUUAGAAUGUAGAUAUCUCUGCUGCAUGUUUGGAGAGGACUAUUACGCAAAGGAUGUUUUGCGCUAAAUUGAAGGAUCUUAAGAUUGCGGGGGAUUGCCCCUUUUCUAUGGUCGUGGGAAAUGAGGAACCUGCAGAGCUCGAAGAUAGCAACGCUGUGGGUGAUCUACCCGUGUCCAAAGACGUGCGGGGCAACAUCACAAACAUUCUGGCCAGACGUAAAAUAAGCCGGAGCAAAGUUAACCUGCAUUCACUUGGCGAGAGCAUCCGAAAGCUGGUGUGCCCGGAGUUCGAGAAAUUACGAAAUGCAAUUAUCAGAGUCAUGAAAGAGCAAUCAGACGUGAGUUGCCAUGUAGCAUGCAGCUCUGACAUAUCUCCAGUACUUGAGACGCCUGCACAAUUAUCAGAUGUCAUGAAAAACUACUCCCUUAAAACAGGUAUCCACAUGGAUGCAUUAAAGAUCUAUCUGGGUCUGGAGGUGUUUCGGGACUGUUAUGAAGAGGACGGCCAUGUUCUCCGAGUGGUGGGGGGAGCUCUCCAUGAUUUUCUGAACAGCUUUAAUGUUCUCUUAAAGCAGAGCACGCCACCCACUCCUGAGAUACAGCGUUAUGUCCACCAAGCCUCGAUCCUCUGCCUGGACAAAGAUCCUGGACUCCUGACCGUCUAUUACUUUAAUCCUCUCCCCACCACUGAGCUCUUCUUCCCAGGCAUCAUACAGGCGGCGGCGUGUUUGCUCUAUUGCUCACAGGUGGAGGUUAGAAUGGAUGUUGGGAGUAAAGACGGCGGUGCUCUACAGGCCAGUCAUCAGCCCCAUCUGCUGUACUCAGUGGUGGUCAGAGAUGGCAGGAGCCUCACACCAAGCCCCAUGAGGACACACUCGACCGGAGACAUUCCCCUCUCGCUGCUUUAUUCCACCUUCCCCUUCCACAUUCUCUUAGAUCGAGAAAUGGGCCUGAUGCAGAUUGGAGAUGGGUUGAGGAGGAGACUUGGGCGCUGCAGAGAUGGCACGAGGAGACCUGUUUUCAACGAACACUUUGCCAUUGUUUCGCCAGAGAUACGAGCCAGCUUCCAGGAUAUUUUGACCAUGCUGAACACCCAAUUUGUACUACGGGUGAAACAGCAUGGAGCAAGCUCUACAGACAGCCCUGGAAAGCAUAUGGACCUAAAAGGGCAGAUGAUCUUCAUGUCAGAGAUGAGUGCUCUCCUCUUCCUCGGCUCUCCGUGUGUGGAUAAGCUAGAGGAGUUGACAGGCCGGGGCCUCUACCUCUCUGACAUUCCCAUUCACAACGCAUUGCGAGAUGUUGUUCUGGUAGGAGAGCAGACCAAGGCCCAGGAUGGUCUCAAAAAACGUCUGGGCAAAGCCAAAGCUGCCCUGGAAUAUGCACACCAGGCCCUCGAAGAAGAGAAGAGGCGGACUGUAGAGCUGCUCAUCACAAUAUUCCCGGGGAACGUUGCCCAGCGUCUGUGGCAGGGACUUCCCGUGCAAGCCAAAAAGUUUGAUCAUGUUACAGUGCUGUUCUCAGAUAUUGUGGGCUUCACUGCGACCUGCUCGCGAUGUACACCCAUGCAGGUGGUGAACAUGCUCAGUGAGCUCUACACUAGAUUUGAUCACCACUGCGGGGAGCUGGAUGUGUAUAAGGUGGAAACCAUCGGCGAUGCGUACUGUGUAGCUGGAGGGUUACACAAAGAGUGUCCGACCCACGCUGUCCAGAUUGCUCUCAUGGCUCUGAAGAUGAUGGAAUUGUCGGACGAGGUCACGACUCCCAUGGGGGAGGUCAUCAAGAUGCGUAUUGGGAUCCACUCCGGCUCGGUUCUGGCUGGUGUCGUCGGAGUUAAAAUGCCUCGCUACUGCCUUUUUGGCAACAACGUCACAUUAGCCAAUAAAUUUGAGUCCUGUAGCCUACCAAGAAAGAUAAACGUCAGUCCCACCACCUACAGAUUGUUAAAAGAUCAUCCAGAGUUCACGCUCAUCCCCCGGACGAGAGAGGAUCUUCCUCCCAACUUCCCCGCCGACAUUCCUGGUGUUUGUUACUUCCUCCAGGCCUGCGAUCAAAAGAAGAGCGUCGCUUCCAGAGGUUGUGCUACGGAGGAGGCUCAGCCCAGCGGAUGAAACGUGAACACGCUCUCAGACUAUGAAUGCUGGGAACAGUGGGCUAACGCUGCCCGUCAGUCUUGUUUUUAGUUGAGCCAGAGGUAGAAGGUUUCAAGUCCUCUGACGUCUUAAAUGACUGAACCUCUUGUUUUAGUUUGGUAAAGUGAUUCGUUUAUUUUACGUUUUGUAACUGCAAACCAAAAAAGAUGAGAACAGCAUCCAUAUUUGUUUCUGUAAUGACUGAGAGUGAGUCAUAUGUAACGUAUAAGGACAAUAAUAAUCAUUUAAAUAGUCUGAAUAGAGCACCAUGCACAUGGGUCAUGUCAUUGUAGUUGACUACAGCACAAAGUGAAAGAAACACUGUAACACUUACAAUAAUGUUUCAUUUGUUAACAAUAGUUAAUGCAUUGGGCUAUUAUGAACUAACAAUGAACGAUACUUUUAAACAGCAUUUAUUCACCUUUAUUCAUGGUAAUUGAUAAAAGCACAAUUACUCAUUGUUAGCUCAUGUUAGUUCAACUGAUGUAAAAAUGUACUAGUAAAUGUUGAAAUGACUGGUGAGAUUACGUACGACCUGUAACAAACGUUUGCAUCUUUAUAGAACUUCCAUUUUUUAAAUGCAAUGUACCGUGUACUAAUACUUAUUUAUUAUAAGUGCUAACAUUAGUUAAUAUAUUAUGAAUUAAUAUGAACUAACAAUGAACAAUUAUAUUCUAAAAACAAAUGCAACCUUAUUAUAACGUGCUACCACAAAUGCUGUAAAAGUACGGUUCAAUGUUAUUCAUGCUAACAAAUGUAGUUAGCUAAUGUUAAUAAAUGGAUCCCUGUUGUAAAUUGUACCCGUAUGCAAGCUGUAGGACUAACAGCUUCACCACAGUCAUCCUAAAGUGAACAUUUAUAAUAUUCAAUUGUGACUUUUUAUUUUAUUUUAUUUUAUUUUAUAUAUAUAUAUAUAUCAGUAUAUAUAACUGUAAUAAACAUGCUUUA